CGUCAUUAGACAUCAUGAACGUGCAUACGUGUUCUAUAUUAUUGUACUGGGCUGUUGUAAUUGUGAAAGGCGAUUAUUGUGAUUGCAAACUAAGUGUCGGUCGGCAACAGUCGUCUCACAAUUAUUUGCCUGAGAGACUGGAUUCUCAAGAGAAGUUAUUGGACAGUUUAGAGAAACGCCAUCAACGACUACAAGAUGAGAAUGCGUUAAAACUGCAGAGGUUAGGUUCGUCUAAAUCUACUGCAGAGGGUCUUACGGAGACUGUUUAUUAUAAACUAUCCGAUACAUGUCCCGAAGGGUUUCUCCGCUGCUUGGAAUCUAGCGAAUGCAUCCAUGGUCUUCAGGGCUGUGACGGUGUAAUAGAUUGCCUUGAUGGAUCGGACGAAGAUCCAUACAUUUGCAUAAAUCCUUGGAAAUUAGGAUUCAAGAGUCAGUGCAUUGUUCCUACGGGUCAAACAUUCUUUCCCGAUGGCAGUGCUGUGCAUUUGUUAGUGGAUGUUACGAAGGUUAUUGAGGCAGAAUGGCUCCCACAAGCUGUUAAGCUAGAGGGAUCAAUACAAUAUGUUUUCAAUGAAACAGACGGCAUUCAAAAAAGUGGCGCGUUGAAACUAUCUUCAACAUAUUUUACCGCAAGUGGUAUAUUUUACACCAUGGGGAUUGAUGACGAAUACGAUAUAAAACUUGUUGGGAAGACGGCAUACUUUCUUGGAUCAUUUAGAAGUUAUGUGAGCAUAUACGAUGGAGUCAAAUAUGAGAAUCUUUGUGGCGGAUGUUAUUUUAAUUCUGUAAAUGCAAAGACCUAA